AUGGCCAAGCAAAAGGAAGCAGUGUGUGUCACAGGAGCCAACGGGUUCAUUGGCUCAUGGCUGAUCCGUACCUUACUAGAACAAGGCUACGCCACAAUCCACGCCUCUAUCUACCCAGGCUCAGACCCAUCUCAUCUCUUCAAAAUCCCCAGAGCCACCGAUGCUAGCGUGCGUUUGGAGGUCUUCGAAGCCGAUGUGCUUGACUAUGACGCCCUUUGCAAGGCUGUGGAAGGCUGCCAAGGGGUUUUCCACGUGGCAUCUCCCUGUACGCUGGAGGACCCCAAGGACCCACAAAAGGAACUCGUGUUGCCUGCGGUACAAGGCACUCUUAAUGUUCUGGAGGCUGCUAAGAAGUUUAAGGUUAGGCGAGUAGUUGUCACGUCUUCUAUAUCGGCUUUGGUUCCUAAUCCGUCGUGGCCGAGGGAGAAGGUGUUUGAUGAGUCGUCUUGGACUGAUCUUGAUUCCUGCAAGUCUCGCCAGAAAUGGUAUCCGGUGUCAAAGACACUGGCAGAGAAAGCAGCAUGGGAGUUUGCAGAGAAGAAUGGAAUGGAUGUGGUGGCAAUCCAUCCUGCCACGUGUCUUGGUCCUCUCUUGCAGCCUGCAUUGAACGCUAGCUGUGCUGUGUUACAGCAACUGUUGCAAGGAUCGAAAGAUACUCACGAGUAUCAUUGGUUGGGAGCUGUGCAUGUAAAAGAUGUGGCAAGGGCACAAGUUUUGUUAUUGGAAACUCCAUCUGCUUCUGGUAGGUAUCUUUGCACCAAUGGCAUCUACCAGUUUGGUGAUUUUGCUGAGAGGGUUUCCAGACUCUUCCCUGAGUUUCCUGUUUACAGGUUUAGUGGGGAAACUCAGCCAGGUCUGACAGCUUGCAAAGACGCAGCCAAGAAAUUAAUUGACCUGGGGCUAGUCUUCACUCCACUUGAAGAUGCUGUACGAGAAACAGUGGAAAGUCUGAGAGCUAAAGGCUUCCUGAGGAAUGAAUUGUCCCAAUCUUAUGAAAAGAUAAGACUUGAAGGAGCAAUUCUUGAACCAAUGAACAGUUCUAGCCCAACACCUUGCAGUCGAUCUUGGUCCAUUAGCGAGGACUCACUGAGACGGUACGUACAGUUUGCAAGUGAAAGCUGCAUACAAGAGUUGCUGUCUGCCUCCGAUUCCAAUAGAUUUGGUAAUAUUGGCAAUGAUGGAUGGAAGAUUCUAACUGAUGUAGAAAAUGGGGUAGAGAUAUCGAAACGUAGGUCUGGAUCAUUUCACGCCUUUCGCAGCCGUUGGCUGCUCAGAUCAGUCUCCCCUCAACAAUUCAUCACCGUUGCCAAUGCCAUUGAUGCUGCUAAGCAAUGGGACCAGGACCUGGUGGAAGCCAGAUACAUAAAAGAUCUUGAGGAUAAUCUCAGCAUAAUCCGUCUCAGGUUUGGAGAGAACUCUAAACCUUUGUUCAGAAACAGAGAGUUUAUAGUAUACGAGCGACGUGAAACAAUGGAAGAUGGAACUCUGGUGGUAGCAGUAGCUUCACUGCCAAAAGAGAUAGCUGCAGGAUUGCACCCAAAGCAAAAUAAUGCUAUCAGAGGACUAUUGCUGCAGUCUGGGUGGGUGGUAGAGAAACUUGAGGAUGACUCCUGUAUGGUCACCUAUGUUGUUCAGUUAGAUCCUGCUGGAUGGCUGCCUAAGUGCUUUUUGAAUAGGCUCAACACAAAGCUGGUAAUGAUCAUUGAAAACCUCAAGAAAUUAGCACAAGGUUGUCCUUGUCCAACUCAUGCUAACACAUGA